AUCCUUCUUCUCUCUAAUUGGAGCAUUUUUUUUUUGUAAGAAAAACCAAACCAUGGUAGUGAAGGUGUAUGGUCCCCAUUGUUCCUCAGCCAAACGGGUUCUAGUUUGUCUGAUUGAGAAGGAAAUAGAAUUUGAGGUUGUCCCUGUUAAUGUCUUCAACAAUGAACACAAAGAUCCUCAGUACCUCAAAUUACAGCCUUUUGGAACUGUUCCUGUGAUUCAAGAUGGAGACUAUACCCUUUAUGAAUCUCGGGCUAUAAUGAGGUACUAUGCAGAAAAAUACAGAUCUCAAGGAGUUGAGUUACUAGGAAAAACAAUAGAAGAAAAAGGUCUUAUAGAACAAUGGUUAGAAGUUGAAGCACACAGCUAUCAUCCCCCAGCAUACAACUUGACCAUUCAUGUUUUGUUUACUGCACUAACAACUAACAAGACUCCAGAUCCUAAGGUAAUUGAAGAGAGUGAAGCAAAGCUUGUGAAGGUGUUGGACAUUUAUGAAGAGAGGCUUUCAAAGAGCAAGUAUUUGGCUGGUGAUUUUUUUAGUCUUGCGGAUAUGAGUCACCUUCCAUUUACUUAUUAUAUUAAUAAUAUGGGGAAAGACUAUUUGAUUAAAGAUAGGAAACAUGUUAGUGCUUGGUGGGAUGAUAUAAGUAGUAGACCGUCGUGGAAGAAGGUUCAUGAGUUGUAUAAAGUAUAAAUUUCCCGUUUAAGUGUGUGUUUGGAUUGAUAGAAUUGCAUAAUCACGAUGAAUCGUUGUAAUUUUGUUAAAUGUUAGACUUUUUAACUUUAACAAAAUCAUCACUUUAGAUGUUGAAGUAAUAUCACUUUUGGAGAAAGUGGAAUUGGUAUUAUUGAAAAGAAUAAAUGUGGUUCUAAUAAGUUUCAAGGGAAGUGAGAGGUUUAGGACCAUAUAGUGGAUUAUUGUUCACUAUCAGUUAUUUCUCUCUUUUCAAUUUUAGCUAUAUUGAAAUUAGAUGUAAUUAGAAACAUAAUUCCUUAAUAUCAGCACUGUGUCCCUAUUGUUCUAUGU